GCAUUAACAUACAUGCACAUUUUUACAUUCGAUAUUUCAAUUAUAUACCAAAGUACAAUCUUCUGCGUUUAAAAUAAGAUUUCGCACCAUUUUAACUGUAAUAAUGGAGGGUAUUCCACGAAUUUGGAUCAGGAAAAUCUCAACACUUCUUUUUGCUUGCCAUCCUGAUGGAAUCUGCAAGCCAGAAGAUUUCAUGAUUAAAGCAGAUCGCAUCAUAAAGUCAGCUAAUUUACGAGGUCAUGCAGCAGAUACAGUUGUAGACAUAUUCAGGGGAUUUGGAGAUGGUAUAGAAAAUCUUUCAAUUUCACGAACAUGGAGUACACGAAUAUUGGAUUGUUGGCGUAUUUUGAGAAAUCCAACGCUGAUUGAUUGCCACAAAGAGUUAUUUGCUAAUAUGUUUAAGGCACUGGAUUUCAACUCUGAUGGCUUUAUCCAAUUCUCUGAGUACAUACACUGGUGGAAGGCUUUUGACCUUGAUCCAAGUCUGGCUAGAAUUCAGUUUGACUACAUGGAUACAGACUACGAUGGGGAAAUAUCGGAAAAAGAGUUUGUCGACGCAGGAAUGGAUUACUUUUUCAACUUUACGGAUGGAAACACUAAGAAUCGGUUCUACGGACCCUUGAUUUUUGAACUGACAUUUAUGUGCAAUGUGAGGUCACGUUAUUAGUUAUAACCAAUAAAUCAAAGGAGAAGGGAUAUACCAUCAGACCUGCUACCACUGCUAUAUACAAAUUUCUAAUUGACAUGAAGCCAGAUGUUCCAACCACAAUAUAAUAAUGACUGGUGGUAGAAGCUAGGAUCGGAAGUAAAUUAUGACCAGUGGACAAGAAUAUACCAUAUUUACCAAUUACCAAAGACCCAACAGCUGUACAAGAUAGCAGUGUCAGUACAAUGGCACAACCCUGAGCGUUUCUCUAAAUACAUUAAUAGACUCUAUAGGAACGGAUAUAAUAAUGAGCUUUGUUGGAUUUGUAUGUAUGCUCAUGUCAGAAAGUGGAAUCCAGCAGUUAUCAG